CGGGAAAGAUUUAGCUUUCAUUAUUUUCUGUUCUGACUAAAAUGCCCUUUGCUUCUUAAAGCCACGAAAAGUUGAAGAGUCUCUCUGAGAAACUCUUACCUUCUUCUUCUUCUUCUUCGAGGAAUCGAGAUAGAGUUGUAAAAGUGCUUUGGACAUACAUGCUAUGGGAACUGAGGAGCCGAAAGAUCCAUUAAAGGGUGUUGACUGGAAAGCCAUAGGCAGUGAAUUGCAGAAGGACCCAAGUGCUGGUGCAAAACCAGUUAUAAAAAAGCGUCUUCCAAAAAAGAUCAGGCAAAUUCCAGAAUAUUACUUCCUUCCACGAAGAUCCCUACCCUCUGCAAUUGCAUUCUAUGGGGCAUGCAUUGCAGGUGGAAUUGGUGCUGGCAUGCUGUUAGAGGUCUGGAUAAACAAGAAAGUUGAAGAGGAUGGAGGCAUUAUAUGGGAAUUUGAUAAGUAGAUCCUCUUUAUGGCACUGCCAGAUUACAACUCUGAGCUUUCCUUUUCCUCUGCUGAUGGUCUUCUAGAGAAGGGACUAAAGCUGCUAGGUAACAUUUUUGGAUUUUGAACUUUGUUUUCAUGGACUGCAGCCCAAUAUUUGUCUUUGUUAAAUGAAGAACGGCCCUGGAAUGAGUUGUUGACAACCCAGAUUCAUUCAGAAAACGUCUAGAUGCGAACAAUUUGUCAACUAUUGCUUGAAGGCCUGAUUUGCUUUUAAUAUCCUCAUCUAUCACAUCAACAGUUUAUGUUUUAAUUGACAAAUUAUUAAAUUAGAAUCACAGGAGAAAUUAUUCUCUUCCUUUUUCUGAUCUUAAAACCGAUAUGAAUAAUUUUAUCUUUAUUUGACAUUUUAUUAUUUAAUAUUUUUUCUUGCCA